CACACACGCCAUAAUGUAAAUUGCUUCUAGAUUUGGCGUUUGAGUUAAAAUUUUGCAUUUAGAUGCUAUUAAAAUCACUUUUUACCUUAAAUUAAGGCAUUUAAAAUGUCUUCAGUUAAUGUUGGUAAGGGCUAAAUCAAUAAUUAUGACCCAUCAACUAUAAAACCUUGCCAUUUAGACAAAUUAGGUUUGACCAAAAGAAUCGAAGCCAUUUCGUUUCCUACGUUCGAACGUUUCAGACCUAAUUUCCUUUGUAAAUCGAACUGAUUAAAUAGCUAAAUAAAGUAUGAUGUAUUGUGAAAAAUAUUGUUUCGUGGUGAUGGUUAAUGUGUUCGCCAUAGUUGAAGUGCUCGCUUGAUCCACGGAGUCAUUGCUGCUGUUGUUGUUAAUACCUUGCAAUGGCUCAAUACUAUCAAAUAGUCGGGCAAGGGCAUUCACUGACUCUUGAAGAUCUGCAAAGAUAUAAUUUAAUAUGUCCUGAUGGCAUUAUAGUCAACCAGGAUGACCAACAGUAUGCACAACAGCAGGUGAUUGUUCAACAAGCGGAACAGCCUAGUGACAUUAUAGUAAAUGACAGUGUCCAACCUCAAUUAGUUGUUGGUGAUGGACUUCAAUAUCAACAGCAAUAUAUCAUCCGUCAUGAACCACCACAAUCAGCACCACCGCCUCCACUUCACACUGACUUCCAACAACAACAACAGCAGCAACAACAACAGCAGCAGCAACAACAACAACAUCAACAACAACAGCCUCUGCAUAGACAACAGGUUUACUACACCUCUGAGGCACAGGUUGUGUUGCAACAAGCUCAGCAGAUCAUUGAUGCAUCUCUGAUGCAACAGUCAUCUACACAGCGUCCCCAACAUCUGCAACAGGUGAGUUCAGCACACGUAUUGUCACAGCCCACUGUGAUACACCCCGCGCAGCAGCCACCGCCGCAGCCUCCACCUUCGCCUGCAGCUGCUCAACAUGGACCCCCACAAACACCACCUCAACCACAACAGCAGUUGUCCCGCGCUUCACCCCAACUUAUGCAGCAUUUACAACAACAGCAGCAAAUCCAUUUGCAACAACUACAACAGCAGCAACAGCAGCAGCAGCAACUUCAACAUCAGCUACAACAACAGCAGCAGCACCAACAGCACAUGCAGUCCCAACAGAUACAGCCUCAGCAAAUUCAACAAAUUGUAAUGCACGCUGCGUAUGUCAAUCAAGCUGGAACGCCUACACGACAAACGCCACCGAGGUUACUGAAUCCAGGACUGAACAGUACCGGAGGCGUGGCGUUGGUUCGUACGGCCGCGCGCCCGGUGCGACCUCGCAGACCGGCCUUGAGAUCGCCAAUGCCUACGCCGCCUUUAGUGCAGCAACGACUCCUAAACCCUCAACAUCAACAGGCUGCUGUAGGCAACACACAGGUGGGUAGCGGGCGCGGCUUGGUAGUAGCCGGAUCGGUGGCGGGUAUCGUGAGCGGCGCCGGGCGGGGGCUGAGUGUGGGCGCAGCGGCGGCGGGCGCGGGGCGUGGCAUUCGCCCGCCGCGGCCAGGCUCACCGCGCGUGCUCAACCCGCACGCCGCGCACGCGCAGCACCGCCCGCCAAGACCGCGCACGCCACAACUCGCACAGCAACAACAGCAGCAGCAGCAUCAACAACAACAUUCACUUACGCAGCACGUCCUCAACCACCCACAGCAGGUGCAGCAACUUAAUCAACUGAAACUCACCACACAACAGCAACACAUUUUGUUGAACCAACAAAAUCAACCCCACACCCAGCAAUCUACACGUAUAAUUACCCCACAAGGAACUAUUGUGACCCAAACACUGAGUCCAGCGGCCCCACAUACUGUACAACAAGCAAACCAAAACAACGGUGCUGUACCCCAACCUGUCCUAAACGCAACACCACAGCGAGCCUCGCCCCUUCUCCAGCAAAUUCAGCAACAAGUCAAAAAGGUUGCUGUCCAACCAAACAAUGCCAAUGAUAUGGAUGAUCUCGAAGAAAGUAUAAAGGCUGCGAUCGUGCAAAAAAACGCCCCUAUUGUUAACGAAAACAUCACACCCCCUCAACAAUUUCAAUCGGGCCCCCCACCAUUGAGACCAGUUCAUUCUGGAGGGUUAACUCCGGGCCCACAUAACUCACAGCAACACCAAAUAAACUACGCCCCCCAACAAUUUCAACAACAACAGCAACAGAUCACUUUCGAACAUGCUCAUGUACAGCAGCAACAACACCAACAGCAGCAACAACAUCAACAGCAGCAGCAACCAAUUCAACUCCAGCAACAGCAACCACAGCAACACCUACAGCAACAGCAACCACAACAACAGCUGCAGCAGACACAACCAAUGAUUAGUCAAUUAUUAUUAGAAUCAGACAAUCCAGAAGAGGAAAGACAAUUUAUAACAUUGUCUACCGGACAAAGGAUUUCAGUUGCAGAAUACAAACGGAUUCAUCACUCACGAUUGUCAUCACAACAACAACUUCAACAGCAGCAGCAGCAGCAACAACAACUGCAGAGGGAGAGUGGUCGUCAAACAUUGUUGAGAAGUAAGGAACAACAGAGACCUGUGCAAAGAGUGCCUCCGAUGCAAACACAGCCGCAAUCCAAUAAUCCAGCAGUAAACUGUGAAUCAAUGAGUGGACCUUCUGAGCAAACUGCUGAGUCACAAUCUGCAAAAAUGUUGAUUUUCCUACAAAAUGGAGAACAGAGACUUAUUACCUUCACACUGCCUAAAGAAAGUUGCACAUUACAAGAAGUUCUGGAACAGUGUCAUGUACCUUUUACGGAAGAUACUCACAUACAAUGUAUGCAAAACAGUAAUAGUGAAAUAGAUUACUUUGUAUCUGUAGGGUCAACUACUAGAAUAGAAGAGAUGCUAGAAAAUCACCCUAUGUUAGUUGGGGAUAUAAGUAGUAGAAGCUCCCCUAAUGUAUUGUCACAACCUCAGAGUAGUGAAAUGUCUACUCCAGAAAAGGGACCAUGCCCUGAUAAUGUAAAUAAUAGCCCCGAAUCUCCGGAACAAAGAUCGCCGCCACCACGCUAUGUGGACGGAAUGUUGGCAGUCUGCAAGUCUUGCGGCUAUACGGGUUAUGACUUCAGCCGCUGUCAGAGAUGUAAACGAGUAUUUACAGAGGAACCUAAAAGUAUACCAAUAGCUAGUAAGAAAGUAGAACAAAAGAAAAAAGAACCAGAAAAACCAUUAUUAGAAAAACAGAUCUCUUGUGGCGACGGUAUAAAACUAAAUUUAUUGAAGUCUACAGUGAAAACACUAACCAGCAAAGCUGUUGUACAAGAAAAAAAGCCAGCCAGAGUUAGGAAGCCGAGAGGAAAGCAACCAGACCCUGAACCGGUUAUAUUAACCUUGAGCUCAGAUGAGGAGGACUCAAACAGUUCUAUGAUUAGUAACCAGCAUGAACAAUCAAUAAAUAAUAAGGAACCUUCACUCAGUGAAAUUGAAAGUGGGACACCAGACAGCGGCAUUGGAAUGGAUCAUAUGGACGAUGAGAUCAGAGAAGAGAUUUCUCAGAGUUUACAAGGUAUUGAAGCCUACCUCAACUGUCGGACUAUAAGAAUAGGUUCAUACAGAUAUACACCAAAAGAGAAGGUGCAUAUAUCAAUGCGAGGUAUAAAGAUUGUUGCACCAUCAUUAAAGAAUGAAUCCAGGGAUGUGGCUCUUCAAAUACCAUUGAAGGAAAUUGUUAGAAUAUUAGUUCAUUUUGGCAAAGGACUGCCAGUGGUAUUUUUGUACACAAUGAGUAAAUGUGGUGUACAUGUAAGAAAAGCCUUAGAUAUGGUGGAUGAAUCAGGUUUUUACUACAAUCCUAUGUCAAAAGAGGACCCUUACAAAAGGAUAACAUUGUUACCUGAAGGAAUGACAGAAGAUGCAAAGUUGGCUUUCAAAACAUUAUUUGGUAAAGUUAUGGAUGAAUUGAGUAACAGAGAGGCAAAUGAGAUCCUAGUUAGGACUUGUCCAAAGGAGAGUAAUAACGUCUCAAAAUUGACCACUAGAUCCAUGACCACUGCUGCUGCUUCAGGAGCUAAAUGUUCUAACCCUGCUGAAAUACGUCAGAUUUUAAUAUAUCCACCAGGGAAAGGAGGUAUACCAAUUAAUACUGAAGAUUAUAUGUGUCUAGCUCAGGAUCAGUUCUUGAACGAUGUCAUUAUAGAUUUUUAUUUGAAAUAUUUAGUUCACGAUAUUUUAACACACAGUCAGAGAGAAAAGACUCAUAUUUUUAGCACAUUUUUUUAUAAAAGGCUAACAACCAAACCCAGCAAAGUGAACAAAAGUUCAAAUCCACACGAAUGGGACAGUAAUUUAACACCAGCUCAAAAACGACAUGCCAGAGUGAAAACUUGGACGAAGAAUGUUAAUAUAUUUGAGAAAGACUUUAUUGUAGUUCCUAUAAAUGAAAAUUGUCACUGGUUUGUGGCAAUAAUUUGUUAUCCCAGCUUAGAGGGAUGUAGAAGUAUGAUUGACAACAGGACAGUUGUCCCACAGCUGAUUAAAAGGAGAGAACGCAGGUCGUCAAUGCAAAUAGGCAGCACAACAAUCACCCCGUUAACUAAACAGGAACAGCUGACGUUAAGUUGUGACUCUGACAAUCUUAGUGAAAGGGACGAGGCUGAAGCUGAGGAGAGUGAUUUGGAUAUGCAAUGUGAUACAGAUGAUGAGGAACAAGAAAAACCUCCACCUGAGAAAAAGCCAGAAGUGCCAGUCAUUAGAAAAAAUGAACCAAUUAAACAACCUUGUAUAUUAAUCUUUGACUCAUUGGCUGGUGCCUCCAGAUCAAGAGUAGUAGCAACAUUACGUGACUAUUUGACUUGUGAAUAUCAGACUAAGAUCUCCAAAAGCAAAGUAUUUAACAAAGACAACAUUAAAGGCAGUUGCCCAAAAAUUCCACAGCAAAAUAAUUUUACUGAUUGUGGAUUAUAUCUUUUACAAUAUGUAGAACAGUUUUUUAAGGAUCCAGUAAUGGACUAUUCCUUGCCCAUAAAGCAACUGUCAAAUUGGUUUGAUGAAAUAGUUGUAACAAGAAAACGGGAAGAAAUAUCAAACUUGCUGAAAUCUUUAAUGCACAAACUUAAUCCAGAUUCGCAUUUAGCUUUGCCAGACAUCACAUUCCCAACAUUAAAUGGUACUUUAAUAGAAACAGAAGAACAGGAUGAUGGAUCAGACGGUGAUAAGGGUUCUACAAGUUUAUGCAAAGUUCAAAAAUGUGAAGGGAAGGAAAUUGAAGGUCAAACCAUUACAUUUUUGAAACAAACAACUGGUGAAAUAUUAGUGAAACGUAAUUUUGGUGACUCUGAUACUAUUCACCUCAGAAAAUCAAUACGAAUUUCUAGUGACAAUGAAAAUAAUAGGUCUUUGGUGCAAAUAAAACAGAACAGUGAAAACCAAAUAAUUUAUAAGCUGCACCCUAGUGAUUUGGUUAAAGACAUUCAGAAUACUUUAAUAGUAAAUAAGAGUAAAACUUUAAGUGAUAAAAAGUAUGGUGUACAUAAUCAAAAUGUAUCCAGUGUGAACUGUGUACGACAAAAUGUUAGUGAAAAUGAUAGUAAUUCCUUUCUCAAAGGAAGACGGAUAAAUAAACUAGAGGAUGUGGUCACAGAAUCAAGUAAAAAGUUUAAAAGAAAUGAAUGUUAAAACAGCGCCUGUCCAUAUAUUAUCCAAUAAAUUAUUUUAACUUUAAAAAUUGUAUAGUUAUUUAGAGUAACUGUAAAUAUUAAUUAAUGCUAUUUACAUGUAUUUAAUACUAUGUAUCUAUCUUGUUUUUUUAAGAUAAUGUAAAAAAAACUAAGGCAGUGUAUUAUAUAAUAGCUUCCAUAAAUACAAAAUGAUAGUAAGUUGAAUAACUACCUAUGUGAUUUUCUUGUUUUAUUACUAGACAUUUUCUAUUUUAAAUAUAAGGACCUAGACAAAUAAAAUUACAUGAAAUCUUC